CGCGAGAGCUAGAGGCUCGCGUGAAGUGGUAGGCAGCCCCAGGAAGCGGGCAAAGUUUCGCCUCUGUGUCCGCUAGCUUCCGGCGGGAAGCCGGGACCCUGCGGAGCGGUCCGGCACCAUGUUUCUGACCGCUCUCCUACGCCGCAGUCGCAUUCCUGGAAGACAGUGGAUCGGGAAGCACCGGCGGCCGCGGACCGUGUCUUUCCAGGCAAGGCAGAACAUGACCCGUCGCCUGGAGAUCGAGGCGGAGAACCAUUACUGGCUGAGCAUGCCCUACCUCACCGCGGAGCAGGAGUACGGCCAUGCUGCAGUCCGCAGGGCAGAGGCCUUCGCGGCCAUCAAGGCAGCCAGCAUUUCCAAGUUUCCCCCGCAUAGAUUUCUUGCAAACCAGCUCAACCAUCUCAAUGUCACCAAGAAAUGGCCCUAACCCUGAGUCUCCACCCUUCGUUUUAUAGAUUGCAAGGCCCUCUCUUCACCUGAUCCCGGAAAUGAAAACCACUAGACAAAUGUGAGCUGCCGAACCAGAGUCUUAUUUUAAAGAAAGAAAAUGAGCGUAGUGGUCCGCAUGUAAAUCACUGUGGUAUUGUGUUUCAUGCUUCAGUCAAUUAGGGAAAUACCAGUGAUUUCCCGGGUCACAGAUGAUAUAAGACAUUUUGAACGAACGCUGCAGUAAAUCUACAAACUUUAUGGUGUGGGGUCUGUUCUUAAAGAUAGGAUACUUGAUGGGGGUUUGAAAAUGCAAUAUUGGUGUGUUUUAUCUUCUGUCAAAAUUAAGCUUAAACGGAAUUGUGAGCUUUUCCUUUAGACAUACUGCUGAAGUAGCAUUUUCUACUGGGAUUUGACUGCUAGAAGUGAACAUUGUGUGUGUGUUAACUGUUUAAUGAGAAAUUAGAAGUGAACAUUUAAAUGAAGUAAAAGGUAUUUUUCAGCACUGUUAAACGUGUAGCUGUGUUUUUAGAAAUAGCUUCGUUGAGAUUUAAUUCACAUACCAUACAGUUCACUAAUUGAAGCCGAUUGUUUUUUAAAAUAACUUUUUUCUGAAUGUAAUAAAAAUAGCUAAGCACUUUACAAGCGUUACCAACUAUGGCAACCCUAUGAGGUUGGGACUAUUUUGAUUUUAUCCUAGAGGAAACAUUAAGGAAAUUGUCCAAUGUAAUUCCGCUAGUAAGAGGAGGGACGUGGAUUGGAACUGCAGUUUGACCAGAUAUUAGUCGCUUUAUGUGUUUAAUAGAAAAUUUGUAAAAUAAAUGGAACAAAAAAGUGAUUCCAUCACCCAGAAAUAAUCCUCAUUCAUAUAUUUUCUUUUAGUCUUUUUAUAUACAUAUGCUUUUUAAAAGCAUACCGAGGUUAUAUGGGUAAGUAGAAUUUUGUACCUUCCUAAAACCUGUUGCCGUCGAGGCAAUUCCGAUUCAGCAACCCAACAGGACAGAGUAGACUGCCUCAGGGUUUCCAAGGAGCGACUGGUGGAUUCAAACUGCCAACCUUUUGGUUAGCAGCCGAGCCCUUAACCACUGCACCAUCAGGGCUCUACUAGUCUGCAAAAAUGGGCUCAAACAUAGCAAUGAUUGUGAGAACGGCACAUUUUGUUCUGUUAUGCAUACAGUGGCUGUGAGUUAAAGACCUCUCCAAGGCACCUAAGACUAAUGUAUGAGCACACUGAAUGUUCUUUCUGAUUAACAGAGAAUACCACGUUUGAUUCACAUUUACAUGAUUGACAUUUUAAUAUCUGUAACAGUAUGGGUAACUGGUCUAGGCAUUUUGGUUUUCUUUACUCAUUGCGCUUAACAAGGUACCUAACACAUAAUAGGCCUAAGCUGAACUACAUAGGUAAAUAUUUGUUGAAAGCUUUUCAUUACUCAUAGAAAUGUCUCUAAAAUUAAGGUGCAUGUGGGCAAUUUAAUAUUUCCAUACCUGGAAAUGGAGAUAGCUGAUGCUGCUUAGGAGAAAGGUAAAGGAGAGGGCCCAGGGAACCUGCGUAAAACCACAAGCGCUUCCUAUUGCUCUGAUUUCUAGAUAGCUCAAAAACUUCCUUAGACUUCGGAAUUUGAAAAAAUAAUAAUGGUUAACUUAAAUCUCGGAAGAUAUUUAAGAAACAAAAGGGUGCCAGUGAUAAAACCUCAGGUCUGAAGAAAUGGAAGAUGUCGUAGGGUUGUCUAGAGAAACAAAACCAGUGAGAUACAUAUAUUUAUGUUGUUAGGUGCCCUUGAGCUGGUUCGAUCACACAGCAACCCCAUGUUUAACAAUGAGACAUUGCCUGGUCCUGUGCUAUCACAAUCAUUGCUAUGUUUGACCCUGUUGUUGCAGUCACUGUGUCCAUCUUGUUGAGAGUCUUCAUCUUUUUCGCUGACCCUCUACCAGGAACGAUGUCAUUCUUCAGGGACUGGUCCUUCCUGAUAAGGUGUCCAAAGUAUGUGAAACAAUGUCUUGCCAUCCUCACUUCUAAGUAGCUUUCUGGCUGUACUUUCUUCCAAAAUGGAUUUUGUUCUUUGGCAGUCGAUGGUAUAGUCAGUAUUCUUCACCAGCACCAUAAUUCAGAAGCAUCAAUUCUUCAGUCUUCAUUGUCCAGCUUUCACAUGUAUAUGAGGCGAUUGAAAAUACCAUGGCUCAGGUCAGCCACACUUUAGUCAUCAAAAUUACGUCUUUGCUUUUGACGUUUUAAAGAGGUCUUUUGUAGCAGAUUUGGGCAAUGCAAUACAUCGGUUGAUUUCUUGACUGCUACUUCCAUGGGCAAUGAUUGUUGAUCCAAGUAAAAUGAAUCCUUGAUAACUGCAAUCUUUUCUCCAUUUAUCAAGUUGCUUAUUGGUCCAGCUGUGAGGAUUUUUGUUUUCUUUAUGUUGAGGUGUAGUCCAUACUGAAGGCUGUGGUGUUUGGUCUUCAUCAGUAAGUGCUUCAGGUCCUCUUCACUUUCAGCGAGCAAGGUUGUGUCAUCUGCAUAUCACUGGUUGUUAAUGUUUAGAGAGAGAGAGAUUUACUUAAAGGGAUUGGUUUAUAUGAUUGCAGCGUUGACAGGUCCAAAAUCCAUAUGUCAGGUGACAGGCUGGAGGCUCCUGGUGGCACACAAGAUUGGAGGAAGCUGACACGUCCAGAAUUCUUAGGUUUGUGUCCCAAAAUCUAUAGGUCAGGAGAUGGAAACUGCAGAAUGAAGAGACAGCAAGUUCUGCCAAAUUAGCUAUAUAUAGCCUGGCGGGAGAACACACCCUAGGGAAAUUUCUUUUGCAACUGAUCGAUUGGUUACAUUACAUUAGAUAACAUCAUAAAAGAUAAUUGCAUUACAUUAUGCUGGAUUACAUUAUGUAACAGCAACUAGUCUAUUGAUUGGCCAAGUGAUUGGGAACCAUAGUCUCACCAAGUUGACAUAAAAUUAGCCAUCAGAGAAGGCAAGUGAGAUUUGUGAGAAGACAGGCAUUUUGAUGUACAAUUUAAAAAGUCUUGCAACCUGUUAUCCCAACUUUAUGGAUUAGGAGCUGAAGCUCAGAAAUGUAAGAAACAUUCCUAAAGUCACACAGUUAAUAAAUGGUAAAGGUAGAUUUCAGGACCAGAUUUAUCAAAAAACAUUCAUUUUAAUAUAGUACAAUAAAACCAAAAAAAACCCAGUGCUGUUGAGUCGAUUCUGACUCACAGCGACCCUAUAGGACAGAGUAGAACUGCCCCAUAGAGUUUCCAAGGAGCACCUGACAGAUUUGAACUGCUGACCCUUUGGUUAGCAGCCAUAGCACUUAGCCACCAUGCCACCAGGGUUUCCUGUAGUAUAAUAAAAAAAAAAAAAAAAUAGCUGCUAUAAAUAAAGGCUUCCAGUUUUAGCCACUUCUUGGCCAAAGGAGUGCUGUUGUAAUUUUCAAAUUUUCGCUUGGAAACGCUACAACUGUUUCCAUCAUAGAGCUAUUAAUCUUUUUUUACCUCCAAGCAAAGGCUCAUUGCCACUCAGGACUGUUCAUAGUCACACAAGUAAUAAAAUGUGUCUGUCACCCUGUAUAUCAUGAAUAGUCUCUGGCAUUUAUAUGUAAUACAGCUCCUACUAUUGUUUCAUCCAGUGGUUAACUUCUCAAAUACGGAGGGUCUGUAAUGAAAACCCUGGUGGUGUAGUAGUUAAGAGCUACAGCUACUAACCAAAAGGUCAGCAGUUCGAACCCACCAGGCCCUCCUUGGAAACUCUAUGGGGCAGUUCUCCUCUGUCCUAUAGGGUUGCUAUGAGUGGAAGUUGACUUCACAGCAACGGGUUUGGGUUUUUUUGGGGGGUAUCAUGAGUCAGAGAAGUCAGUGGUAGUUCAGUGGUAGAAUUCUCCCCUUCCUUGCAGGAGACCUGGGUGCAAUUCCCAGCCAGUGCAACUCAAGCAUAGCCAUCACCCCAUCUGUCAUUGGAGGCUUCCAUGAAUAGGUUUCAGCAGAGCUUCCAAACCAAGAGACUAGGAAGAAUGGCCUGGCUAUGUACUUCCCAAAAAUCAGCCAUUGAAAACUCAGUGGAUCACAAUGGUCUGAUCUCAUUGUGCUUGGGGUUGCUGUAGGUCAAAGGCAGCUACAUCAUGGCAACGACAAGAUAAUGAGUCAGCCCUGCUGCUGUGGUUGUAUAGCUCAAGGAGUUUACUACCUCAUGAAAUAAAAUGCAUAAGUAAUAUAGCAUGAUGAUUACCAUCAUGGAAAUAAGUAUAUAUAAAUGACGGCAAUGGGUUUCUUUUUUUUUUUAAAUGUGUAAUACGAGUCCUGGGAAAAGGCAAUGUAUCAACCUGGUUUGUCCAGUCAGAAAAAGCUUCAGAAGAGGUGAUCUUUGAACACAUUUUUAGUUUAUCUGACAAGAAGGGGGUGAUGGAAAUUACAGGCAAAGGGAAUUGCCAGUAUUUAGUAUAGUUGCAAUAUAGAGAAAUGAUAGAAGAUGAGACUUGAGAGAUAGGCAGGGACCAGAACAUGAAAGGCCUUGUAUGUCACUUUUAAGUUUUUAUUUAACCACGUAAGUAAUGGGCGCUAUUGAAAAAGUUUAGUGGAAAGUGUAGAUGAUAGCAAGGGAAAUGGAAGAGAUGGGAAAUACAGAGUCCAGGUAGCUGUUGCGAUAAUCCACGUGAGGAUUGUGUUCGGAUGGUAGGGGUGGGAAACGUUCAAAGAAUGAGUAAGAGAAUUCACAGGCGUUCGUGACCAGGUGGAUGAGUCCUAAUUUUUUUGUGUAGUUGCCUAGAUGGAAGGUGCUUUAUGAUUUAACUAGGAUAUAGAAUCACCCUCAAUGACUUUGCUUCCCUUUCUCUCCAGUGUAUUCACUGGAAAAUCCCCUGGGUGAAAUCUACCAUUUGUCUUUCCUUGUUUGAAAUUCACACAACUAGGGUUAUUGGCUUCUCUUUAAGUUAGUAAUUGCAGAUCUCAAAUGGGAAGUCAAAACCGUUCAGCAGUGUUACCAUAUUUCUCUGAUUGGUGUAAUUUUCUAUUCGGUGAGAUAACUCUUACCUCAUCUUUUCCCCAGAAAUCUACUAUAUACACUCCUCCAUCAACACGCUUAGCCUCAUAUUUCAGUGAUAAAGUUGACGCCCACAGAUGUGAACUCCUUCAUUUUUGCAGCACCAGAUUUACUGUAUAUGCUCUCGUCUUUCCUUUAUUCAAGUCAAGGGUGUGUUCUCUUCAAGUGCCAGGCUGGAUCCCAGUUUGAAAUGAUUAAUUGUGCACUUGGGCUUACCUCUUCUCCCUUCCAAAACCUUGGUGAGAUUACAGUAAAAAUAAAUAAAUGUUUUUUUUGUUAUUAACCCUCAGGAAGAAAAAAAUGGAGUGAAAACAAUGUUCAAGAGAUUUCAAUGAAUAUUUUGGAAGAAAAACUGUGGUUAGAGGAACGUCUGGCAUAACAAAGGGAAGAAAGCUACAAUCUAAAUGUCUGUAGGAGGGAGGCAAAGAACCCCAAAAAAAGCUCAAAUGGGAGGCAAAGCUAGAGAGUAAUGCAAAAAUGAGAAAGAAAGAGUUUCAAAAUAUAGAACAAGAAAGGGAAGUGCCAGCACAAAUGUUUUGAAGUGACUCAGAAAUCAACAGGUCCAGACUGGAGCAGGAGGAUAAAGACUCAGGAAAGGAGGUGUCCAGGAAAAUAGUAGAAAUGAUGUGUUUGAGCAUAUGGAGAAUGUAAUUGAUAGACCUAUGGCAGAAAUGUUAAGAGCUCCUGCGAAAAAGAUCUUAGACGUAUGGAAAACCAGGCAGGUGAAAAUGAAAAGCAGUUAUUAACAGGAGGUAGAACAAUACGUUGUAUAAGAAAGAAGUUGUGAUAGUAGUACCUCGUUUCCCAGUGGUCUAAAACACUUGCUGGCCAUAAAAAUAUAAACACUGUUGACUUGAUCUUUAAAAUUGUGAUAGUUAUGUUGAGAUGAGGGAGAGGAAGUGAAAGAGGUGGCUGUAUGGAGAAGUUAAGUCAAGCUCUACCUUGGUGAGAAAUUCACAGAUAAGGCCUUGUGUCACAAAACAAUAAUUGUAUUAAUUGUUUAAUGAGAAACUGAUUUGUUCUGGAAACCUUCAUCUAAAGAACAAUAAAAAAAUAUAGAGGGGGACGGGGCCAAGACAGUGAAAUAGUCAGAUGCUUCCUGUCAUCCUUCUUACAACAAAGACCAAAAAAAAAAAAAAAAAAACAAGUGAA